CCAUAUUAUUCUUUCCCCGGACAAGAACAAGAUCAACCCUAUUUCUAAAUUACACCCCACGAAACGAAACGGAACGAAUCUCAACCGAUCUCGCCCUCACUUGUGCUCAUGUCCGCCGCCUUUCCGGGCCAUGAACGUGCUGAUUCCGCCGUCCGUAACCCCACAAUUCCUCAGAUGGAGCACGCUACACAGUCGAAAUCAGACCGGAGGCCUUUAACAGGCGAUACGAAGGGGACCGCAGUGGCAACCGCCCAAGCAAACGCGACAGAUGACGAGCCAUCAGGGACAUCAGGAGCGUCGUUAGGUUCGAGGCAGGAUACCCGCGCGGAGGCAAAGGAGGUGAAUAAGCGGAGUUUGGAUUAUGUGCUACGGAGUGGAUGUGCGGGGGGUUUGGCGGGAUGUGCUGCGAAAACAGUGGUUGCACCCUUGGACCGGGUGAAGAUCCUGUUCCAAGCGUCGAAUCCCCAAUAUGCUAAGUAUACCGGAAGCUGGUUUGGUCUUUCAGCGGCGAUGAAGGAUAUCUAUCAUUUUGAAGGGCCACGGGGUCUUUUUAAGGGCCAUUCCGCGACAUUACUUCGUAUCUUUCCUUAUGCCGCUAUCAAGUUCCUCGCCUACGAACAGAUUCGUGCGGUUGUGAUCACAUCUCAAGAGCAAGAAACACCAUUCCGCCGGCUUAUCUCGGGGAGUUUGGCAGGAAUCACAUCAGUGUUUUUCACAUACCCGUUGGAAUUGAUUCGGGUACGAUUAGCCUUCGAGACAAAGAAUUCUUCGCGGUCGUCCUUGGGCGAUACCUUUAAACAGAUCUAUAACGAACGGAUAUCGCCGCCUUCCACGCCAGCACAGACGAUGUCUUCGACUGUGAACAAGGUGGUCCCGAGCUCUGGCCUGGCCAACUUCUACCGUGGAUUUUCACCAACCAUGCUCGGAAUGCUGCCAUACGCAGGCAUGUCCUUCCUCACACACGACACGGUGGGCGACUGGCUUCGUCUACCAGGUGUCGCUCGUUACACCACAAUACCCGGAUCUGAAGGCAACAACAAGAAGGGUACUCGACGGCCGCAAUUAACAGCGGCUGCGGAGCUGUUCUCCGGUGCUAUUGCCGGUCUGGUAUCCCAGACGUCCUCAUAUCCCCUUGAGGUGAUUCGACGACGGAUGCAGGUCGGAGGUGCUGUGGGAGAUGGACGCCGGCUGGGCAUUGCUGAGACAGUCCGCAAGAUCUCGAUGGAGAGCGGAUCUCGUGGAUUCUUUGUCGGGUUAACGAUUGGGUAUAUCAAGGUCGUGCCCAUGGUUGCGACGAGUUUCUUUGCUUAUGAACGGUUUAAGUGGUGGUUGGGAAUUUAAAAGGAGGUCUGUCUGCAUGGGACUGAACUGUUUGUUGCACAUAGCGGUGACGCUGUUGGUUGACCAUCUGUUUUGCUCUUCAUUUGUCUUUUUCUGAUCCCAAGCUUUGGCGUCUUUGGUUGUUAUGGACUCUUUCUUUUUGCAUGAGAGGAGCCAGGGGUAGGCUUCAUGAUACCUACAUAGCCUGAUGGAUAUGCGCAGGGACAUGUUAUCUCUACACAUGGGUACAGUGGAGGAAUGCAUUGGACCGGAUAGGAUUAUGGUACAGUAUAGAGCGGUGCACUGUACGGA